AUGAAGUGCACGGUUGCGCUUCGUCAGUUGGCAUACGGCACUACGGCAGACAUGUUUGAUGAGUAUCUUCAUGUCGGGGAUACAACUGGCCGGGAGUGUCUGGUAAAAUUUUGUGCGAGCGUUAUUGACGCCUUCGGCGCCACAUAUUUGCGCAAGCCGAAUGCCCAAGACUGCCAGGACCUGCUGCUGCACGAAACGGUGCACGACUUUUCUGGAAUGUUAGGGAGUAUUGAUUGUAUACACUGGGAGUGGAAGAAUUGUCCUGCAUCGUGGAGAGGCCAAUUCACCAGUGGGUAUAAGGGUACCCACCCGACGAUGAUCCUUGAAGCAAUCGUUGACCACGGUCUUUGGAUUUGGCAUGCUCACUUUGGCGUGGCGGUGUCCAACAACGACAUCAAUGUGCUGAACUCGUCUAGUCUCUUUACCGAGUAA